AUGGAAACGAGGCGUAGUUUUCGAUGUUGGUUUGAUGGUUUUCAGGUACAUGACAUUUUGAAUAAUGUCGUGAAUGCACUUGAUCGGUAUGAAGAAUUAAAGUUUAUUUGGUCAGAAACAUCAUUCUUAGAGAAGUGGUGGUCACGCGCAAACGUCACCAAUCGGGAUCGCUUGCGUCGACUGAUCGACGAGAAACGUUUGGAAAUAACUGGAGGAGCGUGGGUAAUGAAUGAUGAGGCUGUGCCAUAUCUUUGGUCGGUCAUUGACAAUAUGAUUGUUGGUCAGCAGUUCCUUCAGAAACAACUUAACGUCACACCUCGGACAUCUUGGUCAGUUGAUCCUUUCGGUCAUAGCUCUAUGAUGCCAUAUUUGUUGUCGCUGUCCGGAAUCAACAACAUGGUCAUUGGAAGGAUCAGUGCCGUGCUGAAAGAGACAAUGAGAAGGAUGCAUCGUCUUCAUUUCAAAUGGAUACAACCGUGGGAUAUCGUAACUUAA